CGGAGGACUUUUCCCUAUUCAUGUGAAAACCAAUAGGAGCACAGCGCCUGGACCACUCUCUUGUACUCAAUAUGAAAUCCGACAGUUUCUUCGCACACAAGUGAUGAUAUACGCCAUCAGAGAAAUAAACAAGCGCACACCAAGGCCUCUACCCAACUACACCAUAGGAUUUGACAUCUAUGACACUUGUGCAGAUGUGAGCUUUGCCAUCAGAGCGACGCACGAGUUGCUGAAGAACCAUUCAGACCCUCACAGCUGUUUGCUAGCUGAACCCAAAACAAAGGCAGUGAUAGGAGCAGGAAGUUCUGAAGUAUCAAUAGCUGUUGCACGUGUUCUUGCUCUGUCAUCAGUUGCUCAGAUUAGCUACUCUGCCACAAGCGAGCUUCUCAGCAGGAAGUUGAAGUUCCCCACUUUUCUGCGAACGAUUCCUAGUGAUAAACAUCAGACAAAGGCCAUUGCUGAGCUGGUGAAGAAGUUUAAUUGGAAAACGGUGGGUAUUGUGGGAAGUGAUGAUGAGUAUGGGAAGUAUGGUAGUGAUACCCUCAAGGAUAUUUUCGAUGAAAUGAAGGAUAUCUGCAUUGAAUUCAGUGACAUCCUGCCUGGCUACUUUUCCCAGAACAAUUCAAAGGCCAAUGACUGUCUGGAUGAGCUGGUGAGAAAAAUCAACAAUUCCACAGCUGAGGCCAUCAUCUUGUUCACCAAGCAAUCCAACGUCGCUGCCAUCAUUGGGGCCGCUGUUAAAUACUCUCUCAACAGAACUUGGAUUGCCUCUGAUACAUGGUCUACCUCUGAAAAACUCUCUUCACUGUCAGGCAUUGAGAAGGCAGGGGAAGUUUUUGGAUUCAUCUCGAAAAGGAAUGAGGUGCCUGGGUUUAAAGACUAUGUCAUUUCGUCAAUGUUCAACGGGACCACUAACGCCAUCCUCAAUAAUUACAUGACUCAAUUUUGUCCCACUAAGUCUGAGGAGAACAGAGAAAGCAACUUCCCCCUAAAGAAAACAGCCAAAAAGAUCCUCAAGUGUCUGGACCCAAUGGACUUGACCAAUUACAUUGACCAGGAUGCAUCAUACAAUACUUACUUAGCUGUUGAAGUCAUUGUUGAGGGUCUAAGGAGCCUGCUAAAGUGUGACCACCGCCAGUGUAAAAGAAGCACUAACUUUACAGCCUUGGAGCUUCUUAUGGAAAUCAAGAAAGUUAACUUCACUGUGAACGGCACACAUAUUCAAUUUGACUCCAAUGGAGACCCUUUUUUAGGAUAUGACAUUCUAUAUUGGAACAUGACUCAAUCCAAGGAGAGCACACGCAUAACAAAAAUUGGAGAAUACGAGCCAGAAGGAAAUAUCACAGUCCCACAUUAUCUUGUUAGAAAUAAGGUAACAGCCUUCAAUUGCUCUAAAACUUGUAAACCGGGGCAGGAGUUGAAAAAGCAGAACAAAGGCAAAGUGUGCUGCAAUGACUGCGUUCCAUGUGCAGACGGAGAGUAUUCUGAUGGAGAGGAAUGUAAAUGCUGCAGGACAAAGGAAUAUUCAUCUGAGAAUAGGGAUAAGUGUUUGUUGAAAAAUAAUGAUUUCCUAAAGCGGUCACACCCUUUCAUUGUCUUUUUGAGUGUAUUGGAAUUAUUUGGUAUAAUUGUCACCAUUGGUUUUGCUGUUGUGUUUACAAUCUAUCGGAAAACUCCCAUUGUGAAGGCGGUCGGGGGUUACUUGAGUUUCGUGGAGCUUUUUUCCUUGCUGGCCUGUUUCUGCCUUUCAUUAAGCUUUACGGGAAAAACAAAUCACACUUUCUGUAAGGUGCGACUGCCAGUCUUCGGCAUUGCUUCCUCCCUCUGCAUCUCGUGCAUCCUGGCAAACCUGCUCCAAAUCUUAGUGGGCUUUAACUUUGACCUGAAGAAGAGGUCCUGGAUAAAGAAUGUCAAUCAGCCACUGGCUGUUGUGACAAUCGUCUCUGGGUUCCAGGUCAUCCAGUGUGUAAUAUGGAUGAUCUGUUAUGGCCCACAUCCUAAAGAAAUCAUAUUAAGCAAUACCAUCCUCACUUAUUGUGACAAGGGCUCCAAUGCAUUCUUCAUUACCACGGUAGGAUACAAUGCCUUCUUGGCACUUAGUUGUUUCCUGUUUGCUUUCAAAGGUAAAAAGUUGCCAGAUCUGUAUACAAAUGCAAAUUUAAUCAGCAUCAGUAUGCUGCUAUUUUUAAUCGUUUGGAUUUUCUUCAUCCCCAUUUAUAUCAAUUUGAUCGGGAGUUACACACAAGCCAUUGAAAGCAUAGCCAUUCUGAUUUCUUGCUACGGCAUCCUCGGCUGUCACUUGGCCCCAAAAUGUUACAUUAUGUUGUUCAGGAAAGAAAUUAAUAAUGAGAAAGCAAUUACUGAGUACAUCAGGAAUCAUUACGAGCAGACAAACAUGCCUGUGGUGACCUCAUGAUCGUCCAUCCAUAAAUGAUUUGGUUCACAAGAAUACAGCUUCCUGUGGUGAAAUCAUAGCAUCGUUUUAAUAUGUAGCCUAUCAGACGGCUGCUUAACAUAUAAAUCAAUAGUUUGACCCAAAGUAUUGAUUAAAACAUGUUUAAUUAAAUAAAUAAUGUUUGCAUUGCUUCUGCUAUGAUAAAAUGUUCCAUUAUUCUAGCAACAUUUUGAGCAAGUCCAUUUACAUUUUCCUUCUAUAAACCGACUCAAACACUGCGAGAGCCCACACCGUUGUUCCCUUAAGUGUUUACUUCCUGACUGUUUUCUUCUGCUGUUCCCUUAGUGUUUACUUCCUGUCUUUCUUCUU